AUGCUGACGGACGCCUUUCCAGAUGAGGACCGGGCCAUCGUGGGGGCCUUCUUCCCCUCCUCGGAUGUGUGCGAAAAGGCCUGGCGCGGGGUUCAGCUCCUGGCUGAGGCGGACGACCUCACUUUUUGGACGGUUAUCGCCCACCACGAGACGCUAUCCGGCGUCCUGACGAAUUUGGUCAAGGCGGUCGAGGUGGCCCACAGCUCCGCCUCCCCGGUGCGCCGCCGCGCCAUUCGCCCGGCGAACGAGCACGCUUUGGGGGUUAUUUUUAUGCGAAUCGGCGCCACUACGGCGGUCUGUACGCGGCGCCGCGUGAGCGUGCAGGACCUCGCAAGGCGCCUGAAUAAAAUCCUUCCCCUCCCGCUCAUCUUUCCCAUCUCCGCGAUGCUGCUUCGCCGGAACGGGUCCGCCGCGUCGGUGUGCGUGAGUUCGCUUUUUCUUUUAAACCCCGGGUAUUUAUGCCGGCUUCCACUUUUUAUAAAUAGCUGGUGCGAUUCGAUCAACCAGAUUACCAUGCGUUGUAAAUCAGAGCUCCAGCGAGGUCGCUUUCAGCGCAUUUCGGGGGAUAUUCUUCCUCUUUUUGAGCAGACUUUUCGCCAUGUGCGGCAGCUCUGGGCUGCAGUCCAUUGUAGUCCAUUUCUGGCGGAUUACAUCAAUAUUACACGCGUCCUGCGCGCUCUGCGCAUCGUGGUGGAUGUCAUCUCACCACUUCUCCAGCAUUUUGUGUUGCUGUGCAAAGAUCUAAAUCCGAUUCGGGAUAUCCUCUCGCAGGCGAAUUCGAUAUUAAUUAAUUCAGCCCUCAACACCUCGGUUAUUUUGGUGUUAUUUCACCACUUUGGCGAUCUUGCCGGGCAUCUGGCAUGGGUGCUGCCCAAACCGGUUGAGAAGGCCUACACCGCGCUGCAGGAGGCAAUCGAACACUACGCGCCGGGAAUUCCCGCGCAGCUUGUCCGAAGUUGCCGCGUUUUUAAAAAUCUUUCCUCCCUCUUUCACGCAUUGGUGCCCACCAAAAUGGACAAUCCCGACUUGCGAUUUGGAGAAGUUAUGCUGUUGGUGCUGUCGGAGGAUAUCCAGGGGAGCAAAGACUUUGCGGAGCUUCUCAGCCGCGAACACGCCCGCCACCGCUAUGGCGAACUUUUACUUCUCGAGCUCACCCACCAAGGCGUUUGCUUUGGCGAGUUACUGCAAAAGCAGUUCCUAACCAUCGACGAGUCUGAGAAACUUGGGGCUCGCAAGGAUGUCAUUGCGGCUAUUCUUUCCCGGCCGCCUCCGGAAUCCGAACCCGAGAGGGCGGGCUUCAGCUUAAACAGCCCAUCAAAACCAUCGGAGCCGAACGAGGUCUGGGAAAGUGAAAAUGUCAGCCCCCCCGAUUGCGCCGAUUCCGCGGUGGCGAUGGUUCGGGAGAUAUUCCCGCACUAUAGCCCGGCGGGCAUUCGCACCGCGCUUGAUUUCUACGGCGAUGUGGAGCAAUUUAUCCUCGACGCAAGCAUCAACAACAUCCCACCGCACCUGAUCGACCUAUUAAAGGCCCCUCCUCCUCCUCCGAAAGGGGCCGUGGGGGCGCCGAUGGGGGAUCGCGAACUUCCGGAGCUGACGGUCGCGCAAACAACUCUCACGAAGGAGGACUUUGACGAGGCCCUCAGCAGGACGGAUUUCCACCAUUACCUUGGCGGGGAUCUUUACAAAUUUCUUUUGGGAGGCGGCGAGAACCAAAACUGCGGAGAAGACGAGGCGAACAAUGUGAACUGGGAUGCUGUCUAUUCUGGAGUUACCAGCUACCGCAAGGAAGACGGCAACCUUCAGGCAGAAAACAUCGCCUUUAACAUCGACGAAGAUCUCAAGGAUAAAAUUCGAAUGCUUAAUGAGUAUAUUUAUGAGGAUGAGCUCGACGAUACCGAACUCGACGUGGUUAUGAACAACAGCGUGGAUGAUAGUAGCGAUUCUCAGGAUGAGGUGGAUCGAUAUCACGGCAAACUAAUUGGCGAUGCAGGACUGGUUGUGAAUUCCCCCACGGAAGGCCACCACGCAGGCUCGUUGUCGUCGUCAUCAAGGCGAAUACCGAACGAUGACUACCAUCAAAAGCGAUUUCAGGUUAAGAAGGCAAAGGAGCGCGCUAACUUUGUGAAGAAGCGAAUCGCUGACGCCGCUGAUUCAACCAGCGAAGGGACGCGCAAGGUACCUUCUUAUGCAAACAAAAAGAAGACCGAAAGGCGCCCCUUACGGAGAAAAGGAGGCGACCAAAAUGACGUGCUAAAGGCUGUACAGAAAGGUCGUUUGCAUGCUGAUUUUUGA